AUGAAUAACAGUAAUACAAUGUUCCCUAUUGUUUCUUGUCAAUCUAGCGCUUCUUCCAAUGGUAAAAAUAAACGCGGCAGGAAGCCCUUACCAACAAUGCCUUCGGAAAAAAGGCAUUUCAGAAAUUUAGUCAACCAACGCGCAUUCCGUGAACGUAAAAAAACUGAAGUGCGUGUUCUGGAAGCUAAAGCUUCAAAAUUCGAAGCAUUAUAUACUGAUUCUUUAAAUGAGAUUAAAUCUUUGAAAGAAAGAGUCGCGUAUUUAGAAAAACUCCUUGCAAGUAGUAAUAUGAAUGCAAGUAGUAAUAUUAAUAAUAUUAAUAAUAUUAAUAAUAAUAUUAAUAAUAUUAAUAAUAAUAUUAAUAAUAUGAAUGAUGCUGUUGAUGGUUAUAUGGUCGAAGAUAAUCAUCAAAAUGAAAAUCGUUUACCUCAGGAAAUCUACAAACGCAAAGAAAACGUGUCAUAUACGAUGUCCACUGUCUCUGAUCAAUAUUCAAGCUAUCCUUCAACUUCUGGGAACUGUAACUUGCUAUCUCCGUUCCCUCCAAAUACUACGUCAACUUUAAUAUUUAAUGAUGUACGACAGCAGCGGCAAAGAAAUAAUCAACAACUAGAUGAUUCUUUUCAAAAUUCUUUACAAUCUGAUUCUAUUAAUAAUCAUAACCCUGCAUAUGGUCCUCGCUCUCCAACUCAUUCUUCUUCUUCAAUCGAGACUAUGGAGUCUGGUGAAAGUAAUGGUUCUGCUAUUACUUUAAAUGGUCUCUCUAAUCCAAUUACCACUUCCACUUCUUUUUACCCCAUUUUUUCAAAUGAGCAAAAGGGUUAUUGGAUACCUACUUUGCCGACUGCUCCUAAUGAUGAUGAAUCCACGUGGCAGAAAUUGCAAGAUCAACAAAGAUGGCGUCCACUGGCAUUACCACCGCACCUUCAAUAUGAUGUCAGUCGAGGAAGUUAA